CCGGGUGGUUCUGGUUUGGGGCAGGGCUUUAAAUCCAGCUGCCAGAGGCAGGGAGGGCUAGAGCCAGAGAGGAGCAGACAGAGGCAGCGGCGAUGCAGAGCUCCCGCGUCCUCCCAGCUGUUCUCCUGUUCCUGGCGGCCGCUCCGCUGAGCUGCGCCCUCAAAGAGGAGGAGAGGGUCACCAUGGUGGAGAUGCACAAUCUGUUCCGCUCCCAGGUCUCCCCUCCGGCCGCAGACAUGCUGACCAUGAGAUGGGACGAGGAGCUGGCCGCCUUCGCCAAGGCCUACGCCACCCAGUGCAUCUGGGGCCACAACAAGGAGCGGGGCCGGCGUGGAGAGAACCUGUUCGCCAUCACGGAAGAGGGGCUGGACAUUCAGAUGGCCAUGGAGGAGUGGUACAACGAGAACGAGCACUACAACCUCACCUCUGCGGCCUGCGAGGAGGGUCAGAUGUGCGGUCACUACACCCAGGUGGUGUGGGCGGCCACGGACCGGAUCGGCUGCGGCUCCCAUUUCUGCGAAAAGCUGGAGGGCGUCGAGGAGACAGACAUCCACCUCCUGGUCUGCAACUACCAACCCCCGGGCAACGUGAAGGGCCGGAAGCCGUACAAGGAGGGUCCGCGGUGCUCCCUGUGCCCAGACGGUUACCGGUGUCAGAACGGCCUCUGCGAACCAGCCGUAGGCCCUGCAACGACCACGGUACUUUCCCCAACCAAGGGGGUCCCGGCCUCCGGAGCCCCAGGACAGGCCCCCUCCCUCCGGCCGAGCUCCGACCCCGGCCCGGAGCCGCGGUCCGAAACGGAGGCCGGGGGCCGCGGCUCCCCUUCCGUGAGCCCGGAGUCACCCCUGUUCCAGGAAAGAGAGUCCACCACGCUGGUCCCCGAGGCUGCCCUGGAGAAGGAGACCGUCCCACCGGAGCCCCAGGGAAGGGCCUGGGAGAGCAUUCCGGAGGGAACCUGGGAGGGAGACCGAGGGGAAGCCGAGGAGGGAGUCCAAGUGCUCCUGCCCUCCCUGAGCUCCUCGGCCUCAUCGUCCCAGGCCGACCCCGGGCAGGAAGGGAGCCCUCACCCAUCAGCCGCGGCCUCAGCGUCACCAAGGCCCGCGAACCCCCUUUCCCGGGACCCUCCCCUCCCCCACAGGGCCACCGGGUCUAACGCCACAGGAGGGCGAGCCCUGGCCCUCCGGUCCUCGGGGGCCGCCCACCUCCAGCCGAACACCCAAGUGGACGGGCAAAGCAGCUCCGGCCCCAGCUGCCUGACAGCCUCCCUUGGGGGGCUUCUGGCGACCCUGGUCGUAGCCCUUCUCUUCUAAAGGGAAAGGCCUGGGGCGGAGGCGCAGGAGAGGCAGGGUCCUUCUACUGACCCCCGGGGUGCAGAUGCCAACCCCCCUCCCCACGGCCUCGUCGCCCACCGGGCAGCUGGGCCGGCGUCAGCCCCUCUCGGGCCUCCGGGCCUCCGACUCAGGGCCUCAGGACCGGUCCCGGCCCAGACGGCUCUCCGGAAGCGUUCUCUGAGCCGGGCCCUGGGCCCGGCUUGGCCCCCAAACCUCCUCGGAGACCCCCGGCUACAGAAACCCAGAUCACUGAUGCCCUGGGCAGAGAGAGCUUCCAGCCCCAUCCGGCCUCUGAAUCCGAGGCGGGGAAGGGAAGCAGGAUGCUCCCAGAGCCCCACACCUGUCUGAGGUGGGAGUUCCCACGUACCCACACCCCACUCUGCUGAGCUCACGCACCCACGGGACUGACACAGGGCAGGGGAGGGUCGGGCAGGCUGUGCGGGAGAUUUUCCCUUCGCCCUCAACCCCCGCCCCCUCCUCAUCGGACUCUCUUCAGUCCGAAACCCGACCGGCCACACGAACCACUUCCUAACGCAGGCGUCAAAUUGCGAUGUCGAAAUCUAGCCAGAGGAGCCACAGUCCGGAGCAACUAGGGUCUGGCCCCCAAACAAUAUAACGUGCUUUCCGACGCCGGGUCUCCUGCCUGGCUCGAGUCCCAAGCCCUCCCCUGCCCACUCGUGGGGUCUCUGACCCUGAGCCCCUUCGGGUCCCUGGGAAGGAGCCUGCUUGAUUCUGGGGGGCCCGGUGACCCGCCCCCAAAACCGAUCCCCCUCGGUGGGAGCGUGGGGCUUUAGCUCGCUUCUGGGAGUCCUGGAUCGUCCUGAGAAAUCCUUCCAGAGGAAGCCGAACGGUCAGGGAUUGGGGCAGGCUAGGGAGAGGGAUCCGGAGACGGGAAAGGCAGCUGGGUGGAGAGGAGCGUCCACUCCACAUACGACUAGAAUAAAGUCUGGAUGGAAGA